CCACUCCACCCUCGUCGUCGAUUACCCGCGUGCCCGCUAGGCCCAACUUACGGAUACCGCCCAGUGCCCACAACUCAGGCUUUCGUCCGUCACGCGUUAACGUACGUAUCGUAUUUCGUACCGCCUACGGAGACGGAGUAGGUACUGCGUCCACAGCAAUAGCGUGCCGUGCUGCGUGCCGGUCCCCUCUGUUCUUCUCAACCUUGUUUCUCGGGAAUGACAUGGCUCUACGCCCUCUCGCGACGGCCUGGCGACAAUGACGAGGAAUGAGGCCGGCUCCCGCUUCAGCUCUCUGACGAGCACCAGUACCGACAGCACCCGAUCAUCGGCCACCGUGAGACCCUCCAGUAACCCCGUCCCAGCAUCGCGCAAGUCGUCCAUGCGCCUCAAGACGGAGGGCACUGGCACUGGCAUUGGCAAUAGCAAUGGAUCCCUCGCAGACAAGUCUUUCAUCAGUGAUUUGAGCCCAGCCGACCCGUCCACCUCUUCCACUUUUGCCUCUGCGCCGCGCGGAGCUUUGUCACCAGGAACAACAAAGUCCAAUGCCUCGUCCUAUCGCGAUCACCGUCUGAGCGACUUCGCCAACUACCGAAGAGACCUGGCUGUCCUAGAGACUUCUGGCGGCCGUCUGCCCUCCAUCCAACAUAACCCUCCCACCGCCACUCCCUCGUCAAAUUCCCAGAUAGCUCCCUGGAUGUCGCCAUCCAACGGCGGUGCCACCGCAUCCACGCCUCAGACUCUCGCCUGGCUUCCGUGCCCCUUCAAAUCGUCUCGCGCCUCAAUCCUCUGGUAGCCAAGAUUCGCCAGAUGUAGCAUAUUUCGGAGACGAACGAAGGCCUUCUCUGGCUAGCAUAACGACCUUGAGCAGUCAGGGCUCCAAGACGAGCAUUCGAAGAGGUGGAUUACAAAAACUACAGGGUUUCUUUGGGGAGGAGUUUCCUGGACGAGACGGUUCCGAGAGCAGCUUGCAUUCGAGUUCUGGCAGGGACCGCUCGCGUUCCUAU